AUGGCUUCACCUAAUGGUUUUUAUAACUACUUAACCUAUUUUCUGGCUGCUGGUGCUGUUAGUUUGGGAAUUGGUUUCUUUGCUUUGGCAUCUGCUUUGUGGUUCCUAAUUUGCAAACGAAGAGAAAUAUUUCAAAAUUCCAAAUUUAAAGCAACUUGUGAGAGAUUCAGGCAAAAACCAUCAAAGGCAAAGAUGAAAUCUCAUUCUCAAUGUGUUUUUAUUUCUCGAAAUUUUCAUACUGGAAGAUUCCAAUUACAGGAGGAGCAAAGAAAAAAAGAAGCAGCACGUAUAAAAGCAAUUAAAGAUCACUCUAAAAAUGAAUUCCGCUUUGCAACAAAGAAAAUCAUCAGUGAUCCCCCAGAGACUAGCUCAGCAACAAAUGGCAGCAGCAUUCCAUUAAGCUUAUCAACAUUACCAUCUGAAGCUUAUUACAGCCAAAGUAUUGAAGCAGCCGAAGACUGGUAUUCUGAUGAUUCUCUAGCAGAAAAGAAUUCUUCAAAGCCUCUUCUCAGGGAACCUCUAAUGGAAAAAGUAUUUUCAUACCUGUCAACAAUUUCAUUAGAAGAAUGUACUGAAAAUGUAAUGAAUAUGGCACUCUAUGAUGAUGAAAAUGAUGACAACAGUAAGGAAAUGUUUUCACGAAGAAACACAGAGGUCGAAAUACAAAACCUUCAACAUAAUGCUGAAUGA